CAUCAUUCAUGUUUAGGGUGAGGCUGCAGGCAGUCACUCCAUGCAGAUCACUUUGCUACAGAGAGGAACACGCUCGCAUCAACAAGGAGGGAGGUUAGGUUGAAUAAUUUGAAGGGCAGCAAUCCAGAUCUAACUGACUUUGGAGGAGGAGGAAGAAGAAGCAGCGUCUACAUCAGCUUUGGAAAAUGGAGUACGCCAGGAAGUCGCUGAGUCUUCUAUCGCCCAAAUCUCUCUCCAAGUGUGUGUCCACAAGCACCUCUCGCCCUAAACCCUUCCGAGUUGCUACCUUCAAUCGCAGCAUUAAGAAGGGCAUCAUGGCUGAAGGCCUGAGGGACCUGUUAAGCAAGGUUCCUGAUGCCCUCCAUGUGUCCAGCACCUGUUCAUUGGUGCUUGAUGAGGAUGGCACCGUGAUCGACACCGAAGAGUUCUUCCAAACUCUGGAUGACAAUACUGUCUUUGUGGUGCUGGACAAGGGACAGAAGUGGACCCCAGCUGAAGGUGGGGAGUACCGCUUGAAUCUCUCGGACAGAGUGCGCCGGAGGAAAGACGUCGCCAGGAUCACCUUUGAUUUGUACAAAUCAAAUCCACGCGAUUUCAUUGGCUGCUUGAACGUUAAGGCGACGCUAUAUGGAAUGUACUCUGUGUCAUACGAUUUACGCUGCUACAGUGCCAAGCGGAUCAUGAAAGAACUUUUUCGUUGGGCUCUCUUUACUAUGCAGGCCACAGGCCACAUUCUGCUGGGCACCUCCUGUUAUAUGCAGCAGCUCUUGGAAGAAGAGGAGAGGAGCAUGAGUGGACCUUCCAGCCUCCUGUCUUCAUCCAAGCAAUUGCAGACCAUUUUCUGGGGAGGAAAGGCAGCAGUUUGAUGGAAAAGCCACCCUGGGUUAACACUCCAUUUAUAUUGUACCUUAUAGGUUGAUGUGCCAGCCUGGCACACCGUGGUAUAUUAGCAUGUAAACUUGUGUGCAGAACAGCUCCUGGUCUUAGAAGAGCCAUUCUAAUACUGUGUGCGUGUGAAUGUGUGAGUGAGAAAGAGAGAGGAGAGUGUGUGUGUGUAUAAGAGAGAUGAUUUGAGCUCACUGACCCACACCUCUUUUCAGAGAGAUGGGCAACAAGCGUCUAUCUCUUAGUCUCCUGUUUCCAGAGCUUCUGGCUUUUACAUACGUCUUAUUUUGUUUAAUUGGUCAUCGAGGGGUCAGUGGCCUGAAGUAGUUGGCACCCUUACCUUCACUGCACCACACCCUCACUGCAUCUCUUCACCCUUGCCAAAUGUUUGUGCCAUUGCUACAUUCUCACUUAUACCACGUGUGCCCUAGCUUUGUUUUUCACCUUACUUGUGAUUCACUGUAUGUGGAGGAAUGUAUUGAAGAUUUUUUUUUUUGAUAAUCUGGGGGAGAGAGUUCCUCAGUGUAUGUUACUAGCACUUUAACAUGGAGCAUGUUAACCUGCUGCUUGUGCCCUAGCGUUCAUCUCCUCAAAGCGGGCAGAAGAGUAAUGGUGAAGGGGUGAAUAUGAAAUGGCUUCAGGACUGCAGCCUGCCAUGCAUUGAUGUCAAAGCUUCUAAAAACAACUCUUGCUUUCUCUGGAAGACUUAUAAGGUAUUUAUAUUGACAGAAGGUUAAAGUGACCCGUGUGCCAAUAGGAUGUCCUACCCCCUAGUCAAACACCCUUCUCCAAUGACCCAAGCCUGCACAGGAGCGCCUCUUCCAGGUCUGCUUUCAGCUGAUUACUCAACUCUCCGUGGCCUCAUAUGGGCCAACAGUGUUAUAUUUAAUGUCUAUUAGCUGACUUGCUGAAAGUAGCGGAGGGCACAGAAGGAUUUUUAUGAAGUGUACACGCCAGUCCCCUUUAACCUGACAAGUUUAAAAAGAGGGUGGGUUUUUUUGUUAAUGGGGUUGGAUGGACUGCCCAUUUGUGCACAGUUUUGUGAAGAGGCUGGGAUAAAAGACUGAAUGUAUGCAAUAAUUUCAAAUGUUAAAAAAAAGCUGUGGAUUUUAAGUUGCCUCUAAUGUAAUAUUUGUUGCGGAAUGUAGUGCAGUGCUGGCAGAUACUUUCUGCAGAGCAGUUCACUGUUACAUGGAACAUGUAUUGUUUUUGAUAUACAAAGCUUAUGUAUUUAAUAAAGUUACAAUAAAAUGUGUAUAUUGAAAUUA